CCUCGCGCUGCUUGGUGGUCCGUAGUCUCAGCAUUUACUUGGUGUCCUUGUAGUUGUGCUGCGGGUUGUGAGCUUUCCAGAAUAACAAUCACCUGAAGCAUCAUAAGAACAUGAACGGAAAAAGUUCAAGAAAUAGACCCUUCCGGAUAGUACAUAAAUGAGAAGAUGCACGUUGUACAGAAAGCUAGCGGACGUGAAAACGCCCACGUGUUACAAUAUGAAGCACUGGAAGCAAAAGAUCCUAUGUCAUCAUCUACACAUUUGUUAGCGAUUACCAGUAGAGUAAACCAUCGAUUAGGUAAUGGUCAAAAACAGUGGGAUGAUAUUAGCUCCGGAAUUAGUUCUACUCAAGUGAAACCAACUUUGCCACCGAAACCUACAAAAGCUCCACCCCCAUACAGAGCCCCACCACGCCCUCCAGUGGCAGCAUUUGGCUUUAAACCAUCAGCAACUGUAUUUGAUGGAAGUCGAACUUUGACUUUACUACCUGGGACUGCUGAGGAACCCACAUCAAACAAAGAACUUGAAUAUCAACAUUGUGAUUCUCACAUGACAACAUCAACUACGACAUUAAAUGGUCAAGUUUCAUCAACGAACCGAAUUCCCAGUUUAUCUAAAGCCUUUCGUCUACAGAAGAUUAAGAACAGAACACCUUGUAAAGAUACUGGCCAUCAGGUAGUGAGAGCACAAGCUUGGGUUCAAGAUCAAAAGAAUAUUAGUAGGCCAAUCAGCGACAAGUUUGGAUCUUUCCAACAGAAGCUACGGUCUCUCCUGAACCAUAGUCCAUUAGAUGGUAACAGGAAAAACGAAGAACAGAAAGAGUCAAGAAGUAUGUCCCUCCCAACACCCAGUUGUAGUCAAACUCGCGGAAAUGCAAGGUCGCAAUCUGGACAGAGUGCUCCCCAAGAAUUUUACGUUAAUCAUCAUAAUUCCAGACGACCAAUAACGAGAGAUCAUAAUCAACGGGAAUCUUUUAUCGAAGCACUAGGAAAAAGUGAAACCCAAUGUGACAAAACUGAAGAAAACUCAAACCAAAACAAGACUCGGGUUGCUUGUAAUAAAUUAUUCGACAGGGAAAGAACGGCCUGCUGGAGUAGUUCUAUCGUGGCCAAUCACGCUUAUAUGAAUAUGGGCCAUAAUCUGAAGUCUUUUUACAACUACGAAAAAAUCGUUCCAAAGGAAUCUAUUGGUAAAUCUUUUGAAGAAAGAAAACCUAAUUGUUCCAGGUUAGGAGGCGCCACAAAGACGCGAAAAUCGUCUGCUGGAGGUGCCUUCGAACAUCUUCCUUGUAAUGCUAGAACUACAAAACAACUUGAAACUCUUCCAAACAUAAAACACCUGACGGAAGAUGUAGAAAGUAUUCGGGUCAAGUUUUCAGCUGUGGGUGGGUCAUACAGUUAUUUAAAAAACGUGCGAGGUGCUAGUAGACAGUCUGAAAACGAUAUUCCUAUCUCAAAUGACACAGAUCCAAAGCUUAAAUCGACAGAUAGUAUUGCCUCUCAGUGCACGAGUGUCGCAAGCCUUUCAGGUACUAGAGCAUCUGAACAACAUUUUCUCCGAAGUAGGACAGGUACUCCAAGUGAUCAGUACAAAUCAUCUUCCGAAUCAGGACGAGGCACGAUGCAUAGUGGCGCACAGAGUUUUAAAACUCCAUCCUCACUAAAGAGUGCAACGCCCAGCACAGGAAGUAAUCUUGACACCAGUGUUGACUCGGAUCACAGUGCUUGUGGCGUUCAGUGGCCAAACAGAGUUAAAGCAGCGCCACCGUACGAGGCAACACUAGACACGGAAACUUUCGAUAGGAGCGAUGGUGUAGAAGCAGAAAUGAAAAAUAUCUUUAAAACACCUAAACCCACAGUACUUUACAAGAAGGAAAAAACAGCUGACGAUAUUGGCUUUAGUGUUGAUGGAACCUGUAGCGAAAGCAUGUCUAUAACUCCUCCUCUUCCUCCUUUAUCUCCACACGAGUCUUCAUCUCAAAACUCAAACAGUUCGUCAGAAGAUACACCGAAAGCUAAAUACAAACCACCCUCAAGUGCUACGACUGUGGACGUCAUGUGUAUGAAAAACUCCGGAAUCAGCACUAAACAUGCAGGGAAUUCCAGAUCAAUGGAAAUAACUACAUACUCUACUCAGAAAACUGGACAAUGUCAUCCACAUGGAAAUGGUCGCCUACCAACACAUUUAGAAACUAAUGAGGUUGCAACAAGUAGCAGUAACAGGAUUCAUCUAAGUCCAGUAGACGCAGAAGUGACCUCAACAACCACAGGAUUGGACAUGGAAAGUUUGUUAGAAGAUCUGGAUGAUUACAGUAGCGAGAUUAGCGCCACCACAAGUAAUAUGGAGAAUAACGACGUUGGUGUGAUAAGGAAGCAGCUCGAAAGCUUAGAGACAAUGUAUUCAGAGGUUCUCAGGCUACUAGAUUUGAAACAUAACAAAAAACGAGGACUAAAUCCAACAUGCAGAGCUACUGAUGGCCUAGGAUCCUCCAGACGACGUAGACACGACUGUAUGUCAUCACUCACUGGUCGUAGUUCUCUUAGUCGUGGAACUCAAAAAUUCAAAGAUAAGCGAAGUCAAGAGCAAAAACGGAAACCAAAAGAAUCCAAAACAGGUGGGUCAAACAAGCGCUUACAAAGGUUAGAGUCCCAUGUUGUGACUUUAGCUCGCAGUGUGGCGCACUUGUCGUCUGAAAUACGUACUCAUCAUGUUUUGGGGCAAGGGCUAGAAGCAUUGCGGAAGGAUGUCAAGUGUCUGCAGGAACAAAUACGUGCUGUCGAGUUGUCUGCAAGAAAUGCUGUCAAUCACAACCUUGGAGUACGUGCUGGUAGAGGGCAACACGGUCGUCACAGCCGAGAGAAGGAGAAGUUCUAUCGAGACUUUCUGGAAAUGACCAAUCCCUCGAGAGUACAAAAACUGACCAAGUUUUUCGGAGCCGAACCCCCAUUACUUCGAAAGUUUUUGAAAAAGCUUGGUUACGAGAAAUAUGCUGCCAAUUUUGAACAAGAAAACAUCGGAAUAAUGGAGCUUCCUUACGUCACGGAAGAGCGUUUGCAGAAAAUUGGAGUUCCAAUGGGUCCACGCAUGCGUAUUAUCAAAGAAAUCCAGAUGUCUUUUGGCCAGGAUCAAUUUAAGAUAUAUAUAGUGUGAAACAAGCCACGAGACUAAUCAAACCUUAAAAGGAGUUUUUCAGUAAACGUCAAAUCCGGACUGUGGAUAUAUAAACAAGUUAUUUUGGACUCAGAGUGUGGCCAGGAUUUUAACUAAAUGGAUUAAUGGAUUAACAGAUUAAUCAAAAUGACCUUAUGCUUGUAGAUUCUAUGAACUUUAUAUAAGAUUAAAAGUGACAUAUGGAGCUGUGUUCAUAUGACGUGUUUAUUUGUGAGAUAUUUUUAGACUGUGUCUUCAUUUGAUAGCUCACCUGCUAAAUUAUGCACAUUAUGAACUAUUUAUUUACAUGAUGUAUAAACUGAAAACAUCAUUAUAAGUACAUUUCUGACUGCUGAGGGAACAUGUUAUAUUCAGACAACUGAACAAUCUUCAAGCUGACUUGAUGUUUAAUGUUGUUUUCACACCAUGUGAAUUUAUAAAUUCACUCUAUGGUUCCCUUUCACAUGAUCGUCGUCAGCUUAGUUUUCAGAAUUGCAAGGAGCAAGACUUUAAUGUAUGGUUUACUUCUUGUUUCGAAGAGCAAUCAUAAGUUAUGCCUACAUUAUUUCAGAGGCAAAGUACCUAUGGUAAAGUAACAACA